AUGAAUACUCGAAGUGGUGGUGCUUUAACUAUGCUACAACAAGAGAUCGCUACAACGUCCACUUCGAAACAAGAGGAGGUGGAGCACGAAAACGAAGACGAGGAGCAUGAAAACGAUGACGAGGAGCACGAAACAUCAAACAUUUGUGCGAUGUGUGGCAUCAUUUAUAGUGGACAGUCAGCUCUCAGUGCACAUGUGGAAAGUGUUCACAAAGGUCGUCGUUUUUUGUGUACUCAAUGCCCGGACUGUUUCACAGCCAAGUCUUCAUUUGAACGCCACGCCAAUCUAGUUCACACGGGACUAGAAACGGAUUACGAAGUGAAAUAUUUUCUUUGUGAUGAAAAUUCCCCCUUGACCGCAGAAAAUGUGGAGGAUAAAAUAAAACAACUCGAAGAGAUAUCGGCUCGCAAAAGUACCGAGAUUGCACUGUUCAAACAAAAGAUACAUCAAUUCAAAUCGCCAAAACGUCUACGGAAACAACGCCAUCCUAAGAAACUUGAGGCCAAUCGCAACCGAAAAGCGGCAAAAUAA